AAUGGUCUUAGAAAAAACCUAAUCAAUAAUUUAAUGUGUGGUCUCCUUUUUAAAAACUAUCCAUCAUGUCGCCUCAGUGGUUUUGUAAACAACAGCCUUGUUAACAGUACAAAUAAAACUCAAAGGCCAUCUAAAGGGAGUCCGUGCACUUUUGACCGGGAAACCCCGUCUCGCCGCCAUUUUGUAAGACAUCCCGGAAGUUGUAUAGAAGAAGGUGAACUCAUAAACAAGUCUAGCUAGCAAACUAUUACAUAGCUAGCGUAUUUCUGUUGCACAUUUUGAAGGGUAAUAACAAUAUUUUUGUUUAUAGAUUGCCUAUACGGCGUUUAAUAGGUACGGUUAAGACCAAGUUGUUUUGGAUAUCGGGAUUUGAAGAACCUACGUGAAGAGGAAACUAUAGCUAGUUACAUAGCUAGCAUUAUUUGUCUCGUAUGUUGCUAGCGCGCUAGUUUGCACCAAUUCCGUUUUGAGGCGAUUUCCACAGAUACAACAGCCAGCGUUCAGGUUUUUACUGUCGAAGGCCUGAGAAUUUGGAUUUUUCAAGUUCCAAACCAAAGAAUGCAUUCGAAUUAGACAGAACUCCCAAUGGCAGACGACUUUGAUAUUGAGGCGAUGCUCGAAGCACCCUACAAGAAGGGUGACAGCAAGUCCUAUAGUGCAAACGGCUAUGAAGAACACAGCAGGAAGAAAAGGCACAGUCGAAGUCGCAGCCCAAGUCCGGACCGCCGCAGGAGUAAGAGCAAAGAGCGCAAGAAGGGCAGGGACAGACGUAAGAGCCGCAGUCGGGAGAGGAAACAAUCAAACAUCAAAGAGCACCGUUCUCGAAGUCAUGAAAAGCAUGGACGUUAUCGAGCUCACAAAAGCCCCCACCGCAAACGUUCUAGAAGCAAGAGCCCGGUUAAAAAAGAGAAGAGUCCAAUCAGAAAACCAAUUGAUAAUCUGAGUGCAGAGGAGAGAGAUGCCCGCACAGUAUUCUGCAUGCAGCUGGCUGCCAGAAUCAGACCCAGAGACCUGGAAGAGUUCUUCUCUGCUGUGGGCAAAGUACGUGAUGUGAGGAUGAUUUCAGACAGAAACUCUCGCAGGUCUAAGGGUAUUGCAUAUGUUGAGUUUGUGGAGGCCACCUCCGUGCCCCUAGCUAUUGGACUGACAGGACAGAGGGUGCUGGGAGUGCCAAUCAUUGUUCAGGCCUCACAGGCUGAGAAAAACAGAGCUGCGGCAGCAGCAGCAGCUCUUAACUUGCAGAAAGGCAAUGCAGGGCCAAUGAGGCUGUAUGUGGGCUCCCUGCACUUCAACAUCACAGAGGAAAUGCUCAGAGGCAUAUUUGAGCCUUUUGGGAAGAUUGAAAGUAUCCAGUUGAUCAUGGACAGCGAGACAGGCAGAUCAAAAGGUUAUGGGUUUAUAUCGUUUGCAGAUGCUGAAUGUGCCAAGCGUGCCCUAGAACAGCUAAACGGCUUUGAGCUGGCUGGCCGGCCCAUGAAGGUGGGUAACGUGACCGAGCGCUCAGAUGGCUCAUCAGCAAGCUCUUUCUUGGACAACGAUGAGUUGGAGAGAACAGGCAUCGACUUGGGGACCACAGGCCGCUUGCAACUGAUGGCACGACUUGCAGAAGGUACAGGUCUACAGAUUCCCGCAGCUGCAAAGCAGGCUCUUCAGAUGAGUGGCUCUAUCCCAUUUAGCAACUUUCCUGGAGUGAUCCCUGCACCAAGCAUGAACCAGGCCAUGAACCUCCCUACCCAACCCCUGGCCACUCACUGCCUACAGCUCUCAAACAUGUUCAGCCCACAGGCAGAAAAUGAGCCUGGCUGGGAUAUAGACAUUCAGGAUGAUGUCAUUGAAGAGUGCAAUAAACACGGAGGUGUUGUCCACAUAUAUGUCGACAAGAAUUCUGCUGAAGGUAAUGUGUAUGUGAAGUGUCCGUCUAUCCCGGCCGCUAUGGCUGCUGUCAGCGCCCUACAUGGACGUUGGUUUGCAGGCAAAAUGAUCACUGCGGCCUAUGUGCCCCUCCCAACCUACCACAAACUCUUUCCUGACUCAGUCACAGCCAUUCAGCUGCUGAGACCAACACGCCGGUGAUCCACAGUCCAUGCUGCACAGUCCAAUUCUUCUGACUCUCUCUGUCUCUCUACAUAGCCUGGAGAUGCGGACAUCGCCCUGCCCUUUUUAGGACAACUGUUGUCUGUCCCUGGAGGUCCAUAGCACAUUCUAGAUCUCAGAGGUACAAAGUUGCCUGAGGGUGUAUUUGAAAGCUAGCUGGACUGGGUUAGAAACCAAGACCCUGGGCAAUCAGUCUGGAUGUACUCAGCUGUCUGGGAUCACUUUAAGUUUUUAGCUUUUUGUAAUCACUUUGAUUUUGUAAAGAACUCUGCAAUUAAAAUGGCUUUGAAAAUAA